UACUUUUAGUGUUUUUAUAACUCUAUGUUAAAAUAGUUAGGAUCAAUAGUUAGCUUGGAAGUUAAAUGCCUCAAAGCAAUGCAGCCUUUCAGGUGAAGGUCUUUGAGCUGAAUUAAUAGUGCUCAGAGAUCCAGGAAUUUUUGCUGUUACUUCUUUACUGUGGAAAUGUUUCUUUCACAAGUGUGAUUUUAUAAUGCAAUCUGUUUCAGUUAAGCUUUUUUUCCCAUUAUGUUUUGUGUAGUUGAGUGUGUUAGUUAUACAGCCUCAGAAGCAUUAAGAAAUUAUGAUACAGUUUUUUAGGAUAGGUUUGAAAAAAUUCAAGAGGUUUACUGGUAGAUGAGAAGAAUGACUUCUGGUGCCAGGUCGAAGUACAGCCUAUGGCAUCGUGGUUUAAUAUUUUUAAUGGCUUUUCUCUCAUCUAAGAAGCAGCACAGAUGACUGCCGUGUGGUAUGACUAAGCUUUCCAUUCAGUGUUUUUAAAACAAGAUGAUCUCUAGAAAGGACUCAAGGGGAAAACAAAAAUCUGUCAACGUUGGGCUGUUUCUUCGUUUUCAUAACUGUUGACUGAAGGAGACCAUAUACAUUCAGUUAAAGAGCAUAGUGUAGGAUGCAGUCUGAGCAUGGUAUGCGUACUGGAGAUGCAGAAACCAUGUAGCAGAAAGCUUUGAGCAGUUGUGGAUUAUCAGUUUCUCCCAACAGCAAUAAAAAGCGAAGCAUGAAGGCGACUGGAUUUAUUUCCCUAUGGACGUUGGUUUCGCUGCCUUGUGGCCAGUUAGCAAAUCCCGCAGAACGUGAAGAUGUAGUAAAGCAUGCGAUAAAGCUACACCGUGGGAAAGGAGCUGUUAUCACUCAGAGAAAGCAGUGGGUGUUGGAGAACUGCAGAAAACUAUCUGGUCUUCUUCGCCAAAAGAACGUUGUUCUCAACAAACUAAAAAAUGCUAUAAGAGCAGUUGAGAAGGAUGCAGGACUGUCAGAUGAAGAGAAGCUUUUUCAGGUGCAUACCUUUGAAAUUUUCCAAAAGGAGCUAAAUGAAAGUGAAAACUCGGUCUUUCAAGCAAUCCAUGGCCUCCAGAGAGCUCUACAGGGUGAUUACAAAGAUGUUGUAAAUAUGAAAGAAAGCAGUAGACAGAGACUGGAAGCCUUGAGAGAAGCUGCAAUUAAGGAAGAAAUGGAAUAUGUCGAACUCUUAGCAGCAGAAAAACAUCAGGUUGAAGCCCUUAAGAACAUGCAGCACCAAAAUAAAAGCCUGUCAAUACUUGAUGAAAUUCUAGAAGAUGUCAGGAAGGCAGCUGAUAGAUUGGAAGAGGAAAUAGAAGAGCAUGCCUUUGAUGACAACAAAUCUGUGAGAGGUGUAAACUUUGAAGCGGUUUUAAGAGUGGAAGAAGAUGAAGACAACUCCAAAAGAAAUGCUUCAAAAAGAGAAGUCGAGGAUGACUUGGGUCUUAGCAUGCUUAUUGAUUCCCAAAACAAUCAGUAUAUCCUUACCAAGCCCAGAGAUUCAACCAUUCCUCGUGCUGAUCAUCAUUUCAUAAAGGAUAUUGUGACAAUAGGAAUGUUAUCUUUGCCAUGUGGGUGGCUGUGCACAACAAUAGGAUUGCCAACCAUGUUUGGGUAUAUCAUCUGCGGAGUACUCUUAGGACCAUCAGGACUAAAUAGUAUCAAGUCUAUUGUACAGGUGGAGACGUUAGGAGAGUUUGGUGUAUUCUUCACUCUCUUUCUAGUUGGUCUGGAAUUUUCUCCUGAAAGAUUAAGAAAGGUAUGGAAAAUAUCUUUGCAAGGACCCUGCUACAUGACAGUUCUGAUGAUUGCCUUUGGUUUACUAUGGGGACACUUGCUCCAAAUUAGACCAACACAAAGUGUUUUCAUUUCCACUUGUUUAUCUUUAUCAAGCACGCCACUGGUGUCAAGAUUUCUUGCAGGUAGUGUUCGAGGAGAUAAAGAAGGGGAUAUUGACUACAGUAGUGUACUACUGGGCAUGCUGGUGAUGCAGGAUGUGCAGCUUGGUUUAUUUAUAGCUGUCAUGCCUACACUCAUUCAAGCUGGAGCGAGCACAUAUUCCAGCAUUUUCAAGGAAAUACUGAGAAUACUGAUACUGAUUGGCCAAAUUCUCUUUUCUCUGGCUGCUGUUUUUCUUGUAUGUCUUGUUAUAAAGACUUAUCUCAUAGGACCAUAUUAUCGCAAGUUGCAUGCAGAAAGCAAAGGGAAUAAAGAAAUCCUCAUUCUAGGAAUAACUGCAUUCAUCUUCCUUAUGUUAACGAUCACAGAGCUGUUGGAUGUUUCAAUGGAGCUGGGAUGCUUCUUAGCUGGAGCUCUAAUCUCUUCUCAGGGUCACAUGGUUACUGAGGAGAUUAUGUCCUGUAUUGAACCAAUACGUGACUUUCUUGCCAUCAUUUUCUUUGCAUCCAUAGGACUUCAUGUUUUCCCCACAUUUGUAAUAUAUGAACUCACAGUCUUACUAUUUCUUACGUUGUCUGUGGUCAUAAUGAAGUUUGUCUUGGCAGUGCUUGUCCUUUCUCUGAUUCUUCCGAAGACCAGCCAGUAUAUCAAGUGGAUUGUCUCAGCAGGACUGGCACAAGUCAGUGAAUUCUCUUUUGUUCUGGGAAGCAGAGCACGCAGAGCAGGGAUCAUAUCUCGGGAGGUCUAUCUUCUUAUUCUGAGUGUGACUACUCUGAGCCUUUUACUUGCCCCUGCCCUGUGGAGAGCUGCAAUUAUGAAAUGUGUUCCAAGACCUGAAAGACGCUCGAGUACUUGAUUAAGCACAUAUACAAGAAUACAUCUUCUUGCAAGGAAUAUCUUCAUUGCUCAUUGUAUUUCUAUGCACUCAGAAAACAAGAGGUUUUGAGUAGUCAGUCCUCUUAAUGUGCACUUGGUUAUAAGCCUUAUAUUGACCUUAAAACAAAACAAAAGUCAACAUUAGAAAAUAAUUAUAUAAUUUUAAUUGCACACCUUUUACAGAACUUACUUUCUCUCUGACAGAUUAAAACCUGCCAGAAUAUUUGUUCCUGAUCCAAUCAGUUAUUCAGAGCUUAAAUUAUUUUUUUAAAAUACAGCUUCAUGCAAACUGUGCUGAUUAUUUUUUUGCCUGAAUGUGCCUUUUAAUUUUCAUCCUAUUUUGUUACUGCUGGUUCAUCACCAGAUUUUGUUUUGAAAAGAAAAAAAAUAGAUAUUAUGGUGCCUAUGGUAUCUUCUUUCACUAAAUGACUUGAGUCAUUUUCACAUUUAGGAGUUUAAUACACUAGUACAAAAUUAAUCACAAAACACAUUUCUAACAGUGAGUAAAAGUGUAGUCUUCUACACAAAGAAAAGGUUUAACUGUUCAGCAUCAGACUGGUUUAAGCAGUCAAAUACAUAUUCCAAAUGAUGCAGCCAAUACUGUAUGAUAUUUUAUUCCAAAUUGCGGCAUAUAAUGUAUUUUCUUCUAGUGGUAACUUUUAUUUGUGUUAGUUCUUGUAUUUAUUUACAUAUUUGACUAGAAGUUGAUGGUAAGAAAGGGCAUAACUUAAGUUAUAUUUGAAGACUGACAGUUGUCACGCGUUCUUGUUGCUAACUGCUGUUACAGUAAUUGUUUACAGUUCUUUUUCUUUGUUUUAAAUCAAAAAUAAAUUUAGGAAAACUGGGAAGUCUUAUUUCAAGCAGACAUGAAAAACAUCAGUUCUUUGAAGGUUGGAUGUUAUUUGACACUAUGCUAGAUCUGAAAUUAUUUUAAGUAAAUUAAUUUGCACAAAACUAGAAAUGGCAGACUGGAUGUGUAUUUGGAACUCCAUGACUUUAUACGUUGCACUUACAUUGAAUAAAUUGUUAGUCUCUUUAAAAUAUCAUGGCAUUUUAAAAAACAGUUUUUUGAAUGUGAUUGUAAAUGUGAUUUCUUCUUUAGAACGUUAUAUGUAGCAGGAUAAGCCUUGUAAAAGCCCAUUCUUUAAGUGACAUAGAGAAAGCUUACUCAUAGACUGUUGUCUACUCUGACAAGCAAUUUAAAAAUCAUCUUGAGGUUUAUCUGCUAAAAAUAAUACUAUUAAAGGUAUAGCAACACUUUAUGUCAGUAUUAUACUGACAUUUGAAAUAACUUUGAUACCCACAAAAUUGUUAGAAAAAUGCAUGUUACAUAGUUUAAAUUGCCAAUUAAAAUGAAAGCUGUCCUCCCAAGUAGCAAAACAAAGCUUUGGAUGGAUUUGUGUGCUUUCUGCCUCUUUCCUCUACCACAGUAGCCUCAGUUUCCUCCUGUGUUUUCCCUGACAUCUGCUGGGCUUGUCAAAAUGCAGCUUGGACUAGUCUGGAGUGUGUUGGUACUCUCAGGACAGGGUAGGGUUCAUUAUCUUUGAGUUCUUGCUUAAUGCAUUCGGGGAUUUCUCUCCAGGCACCGAUGCUUCAUAAAGGUUGCAGGAACGUCUGGCAAUUCCACCUCUCCUUGGAUGUUUUCAGAAGUUCAACAUUAGCAAAUGCAGAGGAAAAAACUGCCCUAGAAAUAAAAGUUUUUUUAAUAAAAUGAAUGUGUAACA